UCCGAGUGGGAGUGAAUUAGGGAAGGCGUUUGUAUACGAGGCAUAGGGAGAGAAGAGGGAGGGAGAGAGAGAGAGAGAGAGAGAGAGAGAGAGGGAGAGGGAGAAAGAGAGAGAGAGAGAGAGAGCGGGAGACAGAGCAUCAAAGUAAAAAAAAGUAAGAGGACGACAAAAGGGAUAACCUCCUGAAUCCGACCUUCUCCGAGAACAUUAGUGCUCUCUCUGCCUUCUCCAUUUAAAAUCAACUAGUUAAAAAUUCAGCUGGAAUAAUUGAGAGAACUAAGGCUGUUGCUAAAUUUCCUGGAAAUCAUCUCGCUGCACAGGGUGUUUCCCUCUGGAAUUAAACCCCGAAUAUCUGGGGUAAAAUUAAAGAGGCAGCCCACGCAAGAGAGAGAGAAAGAGAGCGAGAGAGAGGGGGGGGGCAGACAGAUACAGAGAGACAGAGGCAGAGAAAGAGAGAGAGAAAGUGUCAGCUCGGUGCAAAGGACCUCAGCCAGUGUGUGCGCAUCGAUCUUCCGACCGCUGCGCUCCGGCCACGGAGCCUCAUUGAGAGGAACUGUCAGUCAUCGGCGCAAGGGCGGUUCUGUGGAGAAUUGCAGCAGGCAGAGGAUUUGAGAGGGGAAAAACAGAAGCAGUCUCAGUGCAGCUGGGAGCGGCAAGCCUUAGUCCGGGCUCCCCCUUCCGUAAAGGCCAAGUGAGAUCGUGCCCAGCCAUGGCCCGUCGCAGCCUCUGUCUCCUUAUCAUAGUUCUCGCCACGCUUCAUCAGGCUUCUCCCUCGGGGGUGUUUGAGUUGAAAUUACAAGAAUUCAAUAAUCGCAAAGGCCUGAGUGGCAACGUAAACUGUUGCAAAGGAGGCUCUGCUUCUAACUACGGGCUGCCCUGCGAAUGUAAGACCUUCUUCCGCGUGUGUCUGAAACAUUACCAGACCAACAUCUCCCCGGAGCCCCCGUGCACCUACGGCAGUGCCCUCACCCCUGUGCUCGGCUCCAACUCGUUCUCCAUCCCGGACGCCGAAGCCUUCAGCAACCCCAUCCGAUUUCCGUUCGCCUUCACCUGGCCGGGGACUUUCUCUUUGAUCAUUGAAGCCCUGCACGCAGACCCCACCGAUGACCUUAGUACAGAUAAUCCAGAUCGGCUCAUCAGCCGCCUGGCGACCCAGCGACACCUCACCGUGGGCGACGAGUGGUCCCAGGACGUACAUAUCAGCAGCAGAACCGAACUCAAGUACUCCUACCGCUUCGUCUGUGACGAACACUACUACGGAGAGGGCUGCUCCGUCUUCUGCCGCCCCCGAGAUGACGCCUUUGGCCACUUCAGCUGUGGCGAGAAGGGGGAAAAGAUGUGCAACCCGGGCUGGAAGGGGCCAUACUGCACUGAAUCUAUCUGCCUUCCUGGAUGCGACGAACAACACGGAUUCUGCGACAAACCCGGGGAAUGCAAAUGCCGGGUGGGAUGGCAAGGACGAUAUUGUGACGAGUGCAUUCAUUAUCCUGGUUGUCUACAUGGAACGUGUCAACAGCCUUGGCAAUGUAACUGUCAGGAAGGGUGGGGCGGUCUGUUUUGCAACCAAGACCUGAAUUACUGUACUCACCACAAGCCAUGCAAAAAUGGAGCCACGUGCACUAACACCGGUCAAGGGAGCUACACUUGUUCUUGCCGCCCUGGUUUCACCGGGUCCAACUGCGAAACUGAAAUCAAUGAGUGUGACGUCAAUCCCUGCAAAAAUGGCGGAAGCUGCACAGAUCUGGAGAAUCGGUAUUCCUGUACGUGUCCUCCUGGCUUCCAUGGGAAAAACUGUGAACUGAGUGCCAUGAAGUGUGAGGACAGGCCCUGCUUUAAUGGAGGGAGGUGCUCGGACAAGCCCACUGGUGGCUACAGCUGUCACUGUCCGGCCAGUUACUCUGGCUUCAACUGUGAAAAGAAAAUUGACCUCUGCAGUUCCAGUCCAUGCACCAAUGAUGCUGAGUGUGUUGAUAUUGGGAAUUCCUACAUAUGCAAAUGUCGCGCUGGCUUCAUGGGCAGAGACUGUAAUAUUGAUGCGGACAACUGUGCAAGCAGGCCCUGCCUUAACGGCGGAACAUGUCAGGAUAGAAUUAAUGACUACACCUGCACCUGUCUGUCUGGAUUUAGUGGGAAGAACUGCAGCAUCGCUCUCAGUCAAUGCAUCAACAACCCUUGUCACAACGGGGCAACCUGCCAUGAAAGAAAUGAUCAUUAUAUCUGCCAGUGUGCCCACGGCUAUGGUGGUCUUAACUGUCAGUUCCUGCUGCCAGAGCAGCCUCGGGAUCAAACUCUCAUCAUUGACAUUAAGGAUAAAUACACGGAUGCCGAGAACAAGGGCCAGUUCCCCUGGGUUGCCGUGGGCGCUGGGGUUAUUCUGGCCCUGGUGCUGCUCCUGGGAUGUGCAGCAAUUGUUGUCUGCAUGCGGGUGAAGCUUCAGAAGGGCCAGCAGCGGCCGACCAUCUCCAAGAGUGAGAUCGAGACAAUGAACAACCUGAAUGACUGUCAUCGUGAGAAGGACAUUUCCAUCAGCAUCAUUGCUUCCACACAGAUCAAAAACACCAACAAGAAAGUAGAUUUGCAAAGUGAAAGUUCUACAGAGAGAAAUGGUUACAGGGUCAAAUUCCCCUCAGUGGAUUAUAAUCUGGUGCACGAGUUGAGAAAUGAAGACUUCCUUAAGGAUGAAAAUGAACGGGGGGAUGCCAGUGUUUCAGAGACAGAACAGAAAAGUACUCCACAACACAAUGGCGAACCAACAGAAAGGAAGCAGCCAGAAUCGGCGUACUCUGCUUCAAAAGACACCAAGUACCAGUCGAUAUACGUCAUAUCAGAAGAGAAGGACGAAUGUAUCAUUGCAACUGAGGUCAAUGUUUUUCUUCUCCAUUCCUUAAUGUAUGAUGGCGUGAACCUAAUGCACGUGUAAUAGAACCAGUUCUCUGUAUGCCACUCAAUGUAAUCCUCCUUUACGUUGGCAAAGGUGCUGGGCAUCGAGAUAUCGUAGCAUUCAAUCCCAGCACCAUCUGUAAGGGGUUUCUACGUUCCCCCCAUGAACCGCGUGGGUUUUCUCUAGGCCCUCUGGUUUCUUUGGUCCCACAAUCCAAAGACUUGUCCGUUAUGAGUUUAAUUGGUCGUUGUUCUAUUGUCCUGUGAUUAGGCUAAUGUUACAUAGGUGUGUUGCUGGGUGGUGCAGUUCAUUGGGCCAAAGUGUCUGUCCCACACUGUAUCUGUAAACAAAAGUUUGAAAAGAGACCAGCUACUGACAGUAAAUCUAUUUGCUUUCUCCCCAGGUGUGAAAUGGAAGGACAAUAAUUGAAGUAUAGUUGCCUUGCCAAGAAGAGAUUUUCUCCAGUAAACUGCUGCUUAGAUUGAACCGGUUUCUCUGCUGAAACUGGCAGGAAGACUCAAAAGGACAGACAGCAAGCCAGGAGUCUGUACUCUCCACUUGCACUGUCUUUAAAUGGCAUUUUAUAAAGAAAUGAAAUUCCGUUGCACUAUGGACCGACAGUUGCUUCCUGUAUUCUCUACAAUGUCCGAACAGAAAGCCUGCACUGCCUUUGAGUGUAAAUUCAGGAGAAGUUUGAGAAAAUGCUCUCACACUGCAGACACAAAUGCGGCCUCCGAUGCCUUUCCUUGGACAUGAACUAUUUAAUGGUCGAGGGGAGCAGGAGGAAAAGAGAACACAAGUAUUCUUUCGAGUACCGAAAUAUUUUUUAAAAACUUGCUUGUGCAUUUGAAGGUUCUUGAAGUUCAUUUCACAUAAUUUAAAAUUCUGCUAUAUAUGUAAAAGGAAAAGGCACUUCAGUUCUAUAUGUCUAUAUUUUGUACAUAUUCGUAUUUAUAGAAACAGGUGCAAAAGAUUAUUGGGCUUGUUUGUAUUGUUUUUUUGUUACUGAAGAAAAGUGUUUUAUAAAUAUUUUUUCUAAAUAAAUGAAAUGGA